AUGGCUAUCCUAUUGGCCAUCCUCAUGGGCAACCCUAGCGACCACCACGUCGUGCGUCCACCUCUGGCGGCCCCUCUCGCAGCAGCACUGCUACUUCUUCUGCACGCAGAGCCUCAGAGCCUUCUUGGCCUUCCAGCAGCACCCGGCACUCAUCAGGCAGCAACUCCAGCGCCUCUUCACAUCGUUCUUCACCCUCUGCCUAUCAUGUGCACGGCUUUCCCAGCCUUCAGGGCUUGCAAGUAG